AUGGGGACUGGCAGCCAACGUGCCUCGCUUGAUGGUGUCGCUUCUCCAGAACGCGUGGUCAGUCCAGGUCAGUCCUUAGCUGGUGUGCGUUCAUCAAAUGACAGUGAACGCCCGGGGAGCAACCCAUCCUCGCCCCCUCCGACGAAUGGCGUCAACGGAGCCCAUGACAGCGCGAGUCACUCAGAGGAUGAAAAGCUGGACCCUGUGGAGAGGUUGCAGCAAGAGCUCGAGCGCACGAGGCAGGAGAAGGAAAACCUCGCCACUCAAUAUCGCAAUCUGCUAGCUAAACUCACGGCGAUGCGGACAACGCUCGGGAAUAAAUUGAAGCAAGAUGCAGAAGAGUUGGACCGGCGAGAACAACUCGUUCAGCAACUCACUGUUCAGAACGAGGACCUCGAAGCAACAGUCGAAACCCUCAAGAUUGAACUCACCUCGUCUAACGAGGAAGCGGAACGCGCUUCACGAGAUCUAGAGGCCUUGAGAACUCGCGCGCUGCACGAGAAUACGCAAGAAUCUCUUACACGGGAGCGCGAACUUCGCGAAGCGCAGAGUGCACUCGAGCGCUGUCGAAUAGAGCGCGAUGAAUGGGAGCGGGAGACGUUGCAAGAACGCGUGUUGUUGGACGAGGCUAGGGCUGCUGCGGAUGUGCUCCGGCGAGAUUUGGAGCUCGAGAGAGAGGCCAGAGAAAGAGAGGCUGAUGAUCUAGAAUCCGAGAGACAGAAGGCUGUAAAUUUGCAGUCUGUGCUGGAGGACUUCCAGGCAGCGAAAGACCACGAAUUACAACAGGCAGUCAAGGAUUACGAGGCCAGGCUGAUUGAGGUCACUCAAUCCCUGGCCGAGUUUAAACACAGAGCUCUGCAAGCGGAGCUUCAGCUGGAGGAAUCGACUGUGAAUAGCUCGCGAACAUUGCAGCUUGAAAAGGAAAUCAAAGAGAAAAACCUCCUUAUCGGCAAACUACGCCACGAAGGGGUCAUUCUCAACGAACACCUAAUUGAAGCGCUGCGUCGGCUACGACGUAACUCGAGUGAUACGAACGUGGAUCGACGUCUCGUCACAAAUGUUCUUCUUCAAUUUCUUGCGACACCCCGCGAAGACGCGAAGCGCUUCGAGAUGCUCGGCCUCCUCGCCUCUAUACUCUCUUGGACAGAUGCUGAACGCCAGCGAGCGGGUCUCCAAAGAGGCGCCGGACUGCCAUCGGCAGGCAGCGCUCUAUUCUCUCGUGGAUCUCCUCAAAAGAGUCGCCCGCCGGAGCUUGAGAAGACGGACGAGACAGAAUCGUUCUCGAGGCUCUGGGUCGAGUUUCUACUCACCGAGGCUGCCUCUGGUGACCCCGCCUCCCCCCACUCCCAAACUGGGGCUACACCUCCGCGCCGCGACACAUCUCUUCCAGGUACCCCAACUGUACCGAUACAUCCCCUCCGCGCGCCAUUGCUCUCUUCAACAGCGAUGGCCAGCUCACCGAACCUCACACUCAACUUCCUCUCGUCGCCGUCACGCAAGGGCAAGGAACGCGCUUUGGAUGCGUGA